AUGUGGGAGGGAGUAAGAUGCUGUAAGCCGUCAGCCUGGAGGCUGGCGGCCGCAAGCGGCUGGCGGGCUCCGAUCGCUCGCUCGGAGCUAACCGCUGUCUGUACGGCUGCAGCUGGUGGCACACGCCGCAGCGGAGCGAAGCUGAUGGGCCGCAACAGUGCCAUCACCGCGGGCGUGUGCGGUGCCCUCUUCAUCUGGUACUGCAUCUACUUCAACCACAAGAGGCGGAGUGACCCCAACUUCAAGAACAGGCUUCGAGAACGAAGAAAGAAACAGAAGCUUGCUAAGGAGAGAGCUGGGCUUUCCAAGUUACCUGACUUAAAAGAUGCUGAAGCUGUUCAGAAAUUUUUCCUUGAGGAGAUAGAGCUUGGUGAAGAGUUAUUAGCACAAGGUGAAUACGAGAAAGGUGUAGACCACCUGACAAAUGCAAUUGCUGUGUGUGGACAGCCUCAGCAGCUGCUGCAAGCGUUACAGCAGACUCUCUCACCACUGGUGUUCCAGAUGCUUCUGACUAAGCUUCCAACCAUUAGUCAGAGAAUUGUAAGUGCUCAGAGCUUGGCGGAAGAUGACGUGGAAUGAGCCCGCUGUCAACAUCAUAAAUUUCAGUAAAAUGGCUAAACAGUUAGCUUGGAAGCUGUUCUGCUUUGGGGGAACAAGGGCAAAUAUGCUUGUUAGGAGCUGUCCUACACUGAUGUCUACCAAAGUGAAUGUGUGCUUUCAGUAGAUCCAUUGUCUGUUCUAUUUAUUUUUUUUCCAGUGAAAAGUAUUUUGAUAGAGCUUUUCAUUUUAUAAAUACAC